UUUCAGUGUAAAAUGUGUAUCCCUGUUCGAUGACAAUCAGCUGUAGUUGAGAAAGUACAGUAUAUAUAUCUACAGUAUAUAGCAAACCUUCUAACUUACACAACUAUAUCUUAUACAGACAGAGUUAGCAUGUGAUAGAUAACAGUUUGUGAGAUUCUAAACAAUUUCAAGGAUUUUCCUAACAAUUCAACGGAUUUCCUAUUUUAGUAUAUAUUUACAAACAUUAAAAAUGCCGGGUUACAUUCAUCAUAUACAAUGGUGUGUCUCCGACCUACAAGCUACGUUGGACAAAAUGAUAAAUUCAUUCGGGUUCAGACAAACCUUUCUCAGGGUAGGAGCAAACACUGAGACAGUGAUAGAGUCUGGUUCAGCACGGUUUCUUAUCAGUCAGAGAGGUUGCAAUACACAAUCUACUCCGGGUACUGGUUUAAUCUCUGAAUGUACUCCGGAUACUGGUUUAAGCUCUGAACUAACUCCAGGUUCUGGUUUAAGCUCUGAACCAACUCCAGGUGCUUGUAUUAGCUCUGAACUGACUCCGGGUACUACUUCAAACAGUGAAUAUCCUUGGUUGAGCUGUAAAUGCCGGGCUGAGAAGAUACACACAGUGGAUUCUGUAUUUAAUAUCUGCCUGGAGGUUGGAGAUGUCGAUGCCGUGUAUAAACGAAUGAUCCAGAACGGAUCCAUAUCUCAUAAUUCUCCAACAACCGUGAGAAGUAAAGACGGAGAAAUAAGGGUUGCAGUUGUAAGUUCUCCGUGUCCUAAUGUAAUCCACAGUAUUGUAAAUACUGAAGGUUUCUCAGGGGGCUUUCUACCAGGAUUUACUCCAGUAGGGCCCGGAGAUAGGCUAGAACCUGAUCUCGGAGUAGAUCUGAGUAUUGAUCAUGUGACAUAUGUUUGUAAUGUUGGAGGGAGUCAAAAUAUCUUGUCCUGGUACAACCAGUGCUGUGGGAUGGAGAGGUUUAUGGUCAACGCAGAGGACGACCCCGAGGCCGGAAUCCAGAUAAAGGACGAGGCCGGGAUGAGGAUGAUGGUGGGGGAGUGGCUCUCUGAGUGGAUGUGUCGUGAAGAGGGCGUGUCCUGGGAACAACGGGGCGGAGAUGAUACAAGAAACUUUAAACUAGUUCUUGCCGAACCCCUUCCUGAUCAUGAGCACAGUCAUGUUUACAAGUUCAUCCAGGAGCAUGAUGGACCUGGCCUCCAGCAUAUUGGACUCCUUACCCAGGAUAUAAUCAAGACCGUCUCUACCAUGAAGACCCACGGAGCAAGGUUUCGAACCCCUCCUCCCACCUAUUAUACACUGGAGAAUAAAAAAGAAGAUAUUAUAUCUGUCGGUUCAGAUCCAACAGUUUUUCAGGAUCUAGGGAUUCUUAUAGAUAAGGAACCUGGUUGUGAAAUUGAGAAAGGAAAUUCCCUUUAUAUUCUCCAGAUUUUCUCACAUCCAUUAUUUAUCAAAGAUACGUUUUUCUUGGAAGCCAUUCAACGCCAUGGCUCAAGAGGAUUCGGAGCCGGGAAUAUAAGAGCUCUAGCUCAAUCCAUCAUAGAGCUGGCCAGGCUCAAGGAAAUACAAGAAAAAGAGGAUAAAAAUCAAGAAAAGGAGGAUAAAAAUCAAGAAAAAGAGGAUAAAAAUCAAGAAAAAGAGGAGAAAAAUCAAGAAAAAGGGGAGAAAAAUCAAGAAAAUGUUGAAAAAUAUUUGAGAACUGAAAAUGAAUUAUGUCGGGAAGAGGAGGAAAGAGGAAAAGCCUGAAAAGUGAUAUUUUAUAAAUCGGAAAAUCUUUCUUAAAAAGUUUUUACUUUUCUCAAAUUCAUAUUUUUAAUUAUAGAAACAGCGUAAUACAAUUUGAAGGGACAGACCGGCCAUGUAAGGUAGUUAAACUGUGGACAAAGUCUUUAGGAUUCAUAUAAAACGUUUCCUCGUUCCUAAACAACUAAUUAGUUUACUGGAGAAUUUUGUUCACAUAUUUUUGUCGUUGUUAUUUAACAAUUAAAAAAAAAAA